AUGCUGAAUAUUUCUCGUGCUCGAUCACACCUUACUAUCCUAGGGAUUGGUGCAGCCGAAGCUGGCCGUACCAGGGGAUGUGCAACUCUCACUCUGCGCUCAUGCUACUCGGAUCAAUCACUCACGAUAAAGGCACACAUUCUCAGUGGAUUAACUGCUCAAUUACCAUCUGACCAAGUCCUAGAUACUGACUUGGCACAGUACUCGCAUCUCACGCUCGCAGAUCCAGACUUUGGAACUCCAGAUCCAACGAAUGUCAUCCUUGGAGCUGAUUACUACGGCCAGGUCAUCACUGGCGAGAUCAUCAAAUGCAAAUCUCCUGGAUUACUCGCUCAAAAUACAAUUUUUGGCUGGAUUAUCAUUGGUCCAGUCCAAGCUCGGCUCAACAAACCACUGAGAAUUCAUCAUGCUGUCUCCAAUCAUCAUGAUCAAGAUCUUCAAGACUUACUAACUCGAUUCUGGCUCCAAGAAGAGGUCAGUUCAACUCAAUUACGCUCAUUAACUCCCGAAGACGAGGCUUGUGAAGCUCACUUCCAGGACACUCACACUCGAGACAGUUCUGGCAGAUACAUUGUCAGACUGCCAUUAAUAUCAGACCCGCAACAACUGGGGAACUCAUACACAGCAGCUCGUCGCUGCUUACAACAUCUCAUGCGACGGCUUGAUCAUGAUGCUCGGCUCAAAACACUACAUUAA